AUGUUACUAUUCUCUCCGGUAGUCACAGCGUUGGCGACAUACAAUGCCGUUGUAUACGGUUUCACCUACCUUCUCUUUUCCAUAUUCUCAGAUUUCUUUGAGGGACAAUACAAUUUCAGCCAGGCAAGGCUUGGCCUGGUAUAUCUGGGACUGGCAAUUGGGUUCCUUAUUUCGUUGAGCAUUGACAGCUAUGCAAAUGAUGCAACCCACGCGCGCCUUACCAAACUCCUUGAUAUAUGGGCCAUAGCAAUUCCCGCCGGCCUCAUAUUCUAUGGGUGGACAGCCGAAAAGCGGGUCGAUUCCGUCGUUCCUAUUGUCGCAACGGGUUUAGUUGGGAUUCUAUUCAACGUGUACAUGAUCGAUGCAUACACCAAGUAUGCAGCUAGUGCUAUCGCUGCCGGGAACAUCUUGCGAAGCAUGUCAGCUGCGCUACUACCACUCGUUGGAAUUCCGUUGUAUGACAGACUUGGGUAUGGAUGGGGAAAUACUCUUCUUGCGUUCAUUUCACUCGGAUUGGGAGGGAUGUUCUUUUUGAUCCGCAAGUAUGGAGAGGAGUGGCGGAACAAAUUUGCUAUUCAGUUUGACUAG